GUCCGUCCGGAGAAGAAAGCGAGAGUGGUCGAAUUUUGGUUUCUCAUCCUCUCAUGGAGACCAUUCACGAAGCUUGCGAGGAAUCGUCUUCCCAGGCUGGAGAUGAAGAUAAUCUUCCGAGCGUCGACUUUGGUGCACGUAGAUCGGCAAUGGAGAACAGCUCUUGCAGCAGGUGCAAAGCUUUGGGAUCUCUCCAGUUCUUCAAGGUCUAUGCUGGUCACAGCCAUCUCGCGUUCCACAAGUGUUUAUUGGCUUCGAAGAGUGGAUACCUGUCGAGGGUCUUGAAGAAUUCUUCUCGGUUCAAGCUGCCCAUGGAUUUUCCAGGAGGAAUGGAAGUGUUUGAGGCGGUGGUAGGCUUGUGUGAGAGCAACACUGGCAGCAGGACCAAUGCCGCCACCAAAAAUCCGCUUUUGGAACCGUCCAACGUUGUCAUCCUCCACUGCGCGGCCGAGUACCUGGAAAUGAACAGCGGAGCAGGAAGCCUGUGUGAGACAACGAGCUUUCACCUCAACCAGGCACUCACAAGUUGGUCGGACUCCAUCCAAGUUCUCUCGAGUUGCUACUCCGGACAGCCCGAGUUGCUACAGCUCGCCGAGGAGCUCUUCAUCGUCCAAAGAUGCGUCGAGUCGCUGGCUUCGAUGGUUUGCAGCGAGUUUGAGCAGAGCUGGAUCAUGGGCAGCAGCAGAGUCACAGCCAGAUCGAAGCUCUGGAUCAAGGACUUGAUGCGGAUGCCUUUCAGGAUCUUCAGCCGGAUCAUCGUGAGUUGCACGAAGCAGGGACUCUCUCCCAAGAACACGAGCCAGCUGGUGGUCAAGUACGCAGAAAAAUGGCUCUUUUCUGAGAGCUGCUGCUCCGACUUUGACGAGAACGACGAGCAGCGAUCCCUGACCGACGAGCUCCUCCAGGAGAUGCUCGAUUGCAUCGCCCACCUCCUCCCAUUCGAGAGAGGCGCGGUGCCAAUCAGCUUCCUCUUCGCGCUGCUCAGAUACUCGGUCGCGAUCGAUGCCCCGCGCGACUGCCGCGUCCAGAUCGAGAGCCGGAUCGCCUGUCAGCUGGACCUGGCCACCAUCGAGGAUCUUCUCAUGCCUUUCAAAUCCGCCCGCCAGGCCCCGACGCUGCUGUGCGAGCUCGACAGCAUGAAGCACAUCGUCGCGCUCUUCAUGGCCCAGUGCCGGGCAGUGGAUUCGAGCACCGGACUGGCCAACUGGGAGCCCAUUGCCAACGUGGCUAGGGUGUGGGACGAGUACCUGACGGAGAUUGGAUAUUCUGGCAGCAUCACGCCGACGAAGUUCGCGGAGCUCAUUGAUGCCGUGCCCGGAUUCGUCCGCGUGUCCCACGACCAGCUCUACAAGGCCAUCCACGUCUUCCUCAAGGCGCAUCCCACGGCUUCCCAGUCGGAACGCUCGGCGAUUUGUCGGCCGUUGGAUUGCCAGAAGCUCUCCCAAGAGGUUUGCAUCCAUGCCGUCCAGAACGAGCUCAUGCCGCUGAGGACGAUCGUCCAAGCCAUGUUUGUCCAGCAGCACCACACGAGAAGAGAGAUGGAUCAUCAAUUCACGCGAGGCCCGACGCGAUCCACCAAGAACAAAGGCGUCGAUCAUCUCGAUCUCUACGAGUAUCAUCAAGCGGAAGGGGGAUGCGAGGAAAUCCUGCCGUUCCUCGCGAGCUUGAAGCGCGAGAGAGACGAUCACGACUUGAAAGCCAAUCUGGAGGUGACAAAUUCGAAGCUCGAGAGCCUGGAGCAGCAGCUCUUGAUGAUCCGGAGAGCCCUGGAAGAAUCGAGCCACAUUCCAGCGGCGGCAGCGGCGGAAAGAUCAAGUAGCGGCGGCGUUGGGCGAAAGAUCUCCAAGGCGAUCCACAAAGUAGGCCUCUUGAGCGGCCUCUGCAAGGGGAAUCCCCAGAUGAUCGUGGCGAUGAAUCCCGCGGAGCGAUGCUUUCCCAAUCGCAGUAUCAUCCACCCCGAGGACUAUCACCUGCUUGGCGGAGAAUCCAUCGCGCAAGCUCCUCCCCGGCGAUCUACAUCGUCCCGCGACGACGCCGCCACAGCAGCAGCAUCAAAUCCCCUCGCCAAGAACGCACAAUCCACAGCAAGGCGGCAUUCCCAUUCCCAUUCCUCCCAAUCUUCACGGUACUCCACGUCCUGACCAGGAGAAGCCCUAAAAACAGCAUGGUUAAAACCCUCAUAAAUAACUGCCUUGA